AUGUUCAUCGUUGCCUCAAUUUUUCUCUCUUGGCAACUCGUGCACGCAUUGAUUUUUACCACCUAUCAGACAAAAAGAACUCUAAAAAUGUAUACAGCACAUCAACUUCAGCAAGAAGUCCUAUUUUUUUCUUCGGUACUUCUUUUAUCAUUUUUUUCUUAUUCUUUCACAGCAGCAGACCAGGAUCGCGAUUCCGAUCUAGGUCUAUGCUGUCUCUCGUCUGCCAAAAUGACAAACAGUUUGAUCGCUACAGCUAUGAAAAAUAUACAACUUGUUUUGGGAUUACUUUGCCUCGGAAAUUUGAUGUCUUGUUGCCGAGAACAAAUCUAUUGA